GACCGUGCUGCUGGAGCCGAGCCUAUGGCCAGCCUCAUGGCAGGGGGGCUUGGGCUUACAACUCGUUUGCUGUCUCGACAGAGCUCUGCGUCUUCUUUACUGAGUUUUCAGCCCCGUGUUGCAGCGCAGAGCGGGUGCAGCUCGGUGCAGCAAAUUGGCAGCACCCGGUACAUUGUACAUGAAGCAUGGAGCAUGGCAUGGCAUGGCAUCGCAUUCGCCCGUCUCUCACGCUCACUCACUUCCACUUCCGCCCGCCAACGCUCACAACGCACCGCACAGCGCAACAACGCACAACACACAACACACGCCCCCUUGCAAGGUAGCUAGCUCCGAAAUAAGCCUCCCGGUUUCCCAAUCGCUCGUACAUGGCAGGCAAGCGAGAAAGAAGUGCAGCGAUCCUCAGUCUCCGCGUCCUCCAUAUUUUUUCUUCUUCCAAUUUUCCUCCAUCCCGACUGCGACGCUACGCCCCCAAGACAGGUUCGAUAGAACGAACUCGACGUACACGCCUCCUCCACAACGCACGGACAACUCAGCGCCGAAUUGCAAGAGCAAAAAAUUGUUCGAUGCGGGCGGUGGAAGCGGAGGUGGAAGUGGAGGUGGAAGCGGAAGGGGAAAAACGCACACGCAGAUGCAAACGCUCUCGCUGCAGGAGACGCGUCUUGUUGGACGGCCGGGCUUGGGUAAGGUAGUGGAGGGUGUGCGUUGUGACGUGCGUUGCGGUGUUUGGUGUGGCGGGGAUUGCAUUUGGUGUGGGCGGAAGGCCCUGUGUUUGCCAACCACGUAUAUGAACUGGACAGGACCGGACGUGAUAGGACCGGUGUUGAUGGGGAAAUACGUACCGCAUGCGAACCAACUCGUGGCAUCGACGUUCGUUGCAGUGAUAGUCGACCUGCCAUAGUAGGUAGUGUCCGCGUCAACGAGGCGAACAAGAGCGAUGGAUGAGCGGGGAUUAUCACACGCAACUAGAAACUGGAAACUGCACACACUCCGUAUCAGCGUAGGAACUCUUCGUCGCCAUCUCCGGUAGAUCGUGACGUAGCCUUUGCCAUAUCUCCCGUCUACAGAGGAGAACUUGGUCUGAGUCUGU